AUGGCUCCGCUGCCUUUGUCCCCGACGGUACGGCUGUUGCUGCUCCUUCUCUUGGGAUCUGGACCCGGGCUCAGAGCAGCUCCCCAGAGGUCACAUGUGCACCGACGUGGGCUCUUAGGACUGGCUGGGGCUAUUGACUGUGUUGGCCCUCGACCUGCCUUGGUCUACUUGAAUUACGGCUGCUUUUGUGGUCUGGGGGGCCAUGGCCAGCCCCAGGAUGCCAUUGACUGGUGCUGUCACGCGCAUGACUGCUGCUACACACAUGCCGAGAACUACGGCUGCAAUCCCAAGUUGCAGCCCUACUCCUGGAAUUGUGUCAAUCAGAGAGUCAUGUGUGAACCAACGGAGGACAAAUGCCAAGAACUCAUGUGCAAGUGUGACCAGGAGUUUGCUUACUGCUUAGCCCAAGCAAAGUACAACAUUAAGUACCUCUUCUACCCCCAUUUCUUGUGUAAGAACUCUUCACCCAAGUGUGACUGACUAGCCUGACUUGAAAUGUUUUU